AUGUGUAAGGCAAGGGAGGAGAAGAAGGCAAGGGAGGAGAAGAAGGCAAGGGAGGAGAAGAAGGCAAGGGAGGAGAAGAAGGCAAGGGAGGAGAAGAAGGCAAGGGAGGAGAAGAAGGCAAGGGAGGAGAAGAAGGCAAGGGAGGAGAAGAAGGCAAGGGAGGAGAAGAAGGCAAGGGAGGAGAAGAAGGCAAGGGAGGAGAAGAAGGCAAGGGAGGAGAAGAAGGCAAGGGAGGAGAAGAAGGCAAGGGAGGAGAAGAAGGCAAGGGAGGAGAAGAAGGCAAGGGAGGAGAAGAAGGCAAGGGAGGAGAAGAAGGCAAGGGAGGAGAAGAAGGCAAGGGAGGAGAAGAAGGCAAGGGAGGAGAAGAAGGCAAGGGAGGAGAAGAAGGCAAGGGAGGAGAAGAAGGCAAGGGAGGAGAAGAAGGCAAGGGAGGAGAAGAAGGCAAGGGAGGAGAAGAAGGCAAGGGAGGAGAAGAAGGCAAGGGAGGAGAAGAAGGCAAGGGAGGAGAAGAAGGCAAGGGAGGAGAAGAAGGCAAGGGAGGAGAAGAAGGCAAGGGAGGAGAAGAAGGCAAGGGAGGAGAAGAAGGCAAGGGAGGAGAAGAAGGCAAGGGAGGAGAAGAAGGCAAGGGAGGAGAAGAAGGCAAGGGAGGAGAAGAAGGCAAGGGAGGAGAAGAAGGCAAGGGAGGAGAAGAAGGCAAGGGAGGAGAAGAAGGCAAGGGAGGAGAAGAAGGCAAGGGAGGAGAAGAAGGCAAGGGAGGAGAAGAAGGCAAGGGAGGAGAAGAAGGCAAGGGAGGAGAAGAAGGCAAGGGAGGAGAAGAAGGCAAGGGAGGAGAAGAAGGCAAGGGAGGAGAAGAAGGCAAGGGAGGAGAAGAAGGCAAGGGAGGAGAAGAAGGCAAGGGAGGAGAAGAAGGCAAGGGAGAAGAAGGCAAGGGAGAAGAAGGCAAGGGAGAAGAAGGCAAGGGAGAAGAAGGCAAGGGAGAAGAAGGCAAGGGAGAAGAAGGCUGCGACACCGGCGGCGGCGGUACCAAGGUCACGGGGGCAUCGUCAACGCUGGCGGAUGGCGCAGCCGGUCGGGCCGGCGGAGGAGCCGGUGGAGCCUGCAGCCGCUGUCGAGAUGACUGCUGUUGCUGCUAGAUGGGGUCUGGCAUCCCUGCACGCCAACCACAGGCGGAAGAGAUCACAUCCGGGCGGCCGGAAGAAGGCGGCAGAGCGGUUUGCCGGGAAGACCCUGAUAUCAGCGCUGGAGUUGGUUGCGGUGCCGGCAGACCACUUUGUCGGCAAUGCGGACAUCAUAGAGCUGACGGCCUUGCGGCUGGACGAUCACAUCCUCAAUCCAUCCGGCUCUCGGGGGAGUGAGAGUGGUGUUGAGGAGAGUGAGAGUGGUGCUGAGGAGAGUGAGAGUGGUGCUGACGAGGGUGAGAGUGGUGCUGACGAGGGUGAGAGUGGUGCUGACGAGGGUGAGAGUGGUGCUGACGAGGGUGAGAGUGGUGCUGACGAGGGUGAGAGUGGUGCUGACGAGGGUGAGAGUGGUGCUGACGAGGGUGAGAGUGGUGCUGACGAGGGUGAGAGUGGUGCUGACGAGGGUGAGAGUGGUGCUGACGAGGGUGAGAGUGGUGCUGACGAGGGUGAGAGUGGUGCUGACGAGGGUGAGAGUGGUGCUGACGAGGGUGAGAGUGGUGCUGACGAGGGUGAGAGUGGUGCUGACGAGGGUGAGAGUGGUGCUGACGAGGGUGAGAGUGGUGCUGACGAGGGUGAGAGUGGUGCUGACGAGGGUGAGAGUGGUGCUGACGAGGGUGAGAGUGGUGCUGACGAGGGUGAGAGUGGUGCUGACGAGGGUGAGAGUGGUGCUGACGAGGGUGAGAGUGGUGCUGACGAGGGUGAGAGUGGUGCUGACGAGGGUGAGAGUGGUGCUGACGAGGGUGAGAGUGGUGCUGACGAGAGUGUUUUUGCUUUGGGAGGAGAGUGCCAUCAAGAUAACAGCCAUGGUAAGUGA